GAAUUUAUCCCGUUCCGCCGCCGCCGCCGCCGACACACCACGCGAUCGCUGACUCACGAACGUCCCGUCGCGUCUCCGUGCGCGACGCGGCGUCGCGGGGGCUCGUUCUCCAUGUGUGCGUGCGUGCGUGCGCGCGCGCGCGCGUCGUUUCAGCUGAUCCGCGGGGGUCGACGAGUGAAAGUGCUCCGAAUACCUGUCGAGCCGUGAAGACCGCCGCGGGACCCCCGAUCCGUGUGCAGCGCGCGAUGCGUCGUCGGGCGCGAGACGGUGACGUUCGGCCGUACCGAAAGUUCCUAAUGCAACCUUAGCCUGUACCUUAUUUUGGAAUUCGCCGACGCUCACGCGGGAGAGAGGCUGGUUGUUCGACAGCUGUGGCUCUAAUACGGAUACCUGGGACACCCCGUUCUCGCCGUGUGCGCGCACAGUGUGACAGCGCCGUUCCCCGAUGUGUCCCGCUACUGACACUCGUAGGAGAAGAAUCGCCUCCUCGACGCAGCUGCGCCUUCAGCACCGGGCAUUCGUUCUCCCACGUGUGCACGGUGUAGCGUUACUCGCCCAGUAAUCACGCUCGCGUCGCGUUCGACAGCCGGAGCGGGGCUGAGAGGGGGCGCGUCCUCGACAGCGGUGAAUCUAAUAUGGACAGUCUGCAGCUGGUCCUGGUGGCUGUCCUCACGUUUGUCUGCGGUGUAAUAUGUACCCUGGCGUUGCAGUUCUACCUGUUCAAGAGGUACUUGGAGACGGGGCCGCCGGCCGCCACGCCGCAGAGGCAGCUGCGGCAUGGCAAGGCGCAGUUACCUGACGAGCUGGCGGAGCAGCUGCAGGAGGAGCGUGCGAGCGCCAACAACAGUAUGUCCCGCCAGGCGAUGUCCCAGGGCAACGAGAACCUGGCGAUCAACCUGACGCUGCAGUUCCUCUUCAACGAGCUGCGGAACGCCGAGCGAGUGCGCCUGUGGCUCUACCGCAAGUUGAACAACGAGUUCAAGGAGCUGCUGACGCAGUCAACCACCGCCAAGCUGUUGGACAGCGUGAUGCUGAGGGACUUGAAUCUCGGCACGCAAUUUCCGACGAUCAAGGGUCUGGAGGUCGCCGACUCCAAGAUCGACGCUGACACGGGUUUGCUGGAGUCGCUGGACUUGGCCUUAGAUUUACAUUACUCAGGAAACUUUCAAUUGUCUAUAGAUGUUAAGAUGCUGCUCGGUAAAACAGCCUACAUGGCGCUGCAAGUGAAGCGUAUCAGCGGUAAAGCUAGGCUACAGUUUACUCGCGUACCGUACACGCACUGGUCGUUGAGCUUUUAUUCGGAUCCGAUCUUGGAGCUGGAGGUGCAGUCGCAGUUCCAGGGCCGUCAGCUACAGCCGCAGAUCAUCUCGAUCAUCACCGGUCAGAUUAGGAGGGCGGUGAAGCGGAAGCAUACUCUACCUCGUUACAAGAUGCGCUACAAGCCGUUUUUCCGCAGAUUGAACGACGAGGCCGUGGAUCUCUCGGAGGUCGCCAGCACCCAGCUCACCCCUGGAUACCUGGAGGUCGUGCUGUUGGAGAUCAGCAGAUUAAACCUCGCGCCCAUCGUCCUCAACAGCGGCGAGGACGUGUCGCAGGUGGAAGUGCACUGCACCAUGAGCAUAGAUUCUACGCCGUGGAUCUACCUGACGCAGUACAGCGGCGUUCCAUACAUGGUGCUGGACCUGAUCAUCAGUAAGACGGGCUCCCAGCAGUUGGGCGUGGUGUUCAAGCAGGAGGUCGUGCCGGAGGUCGGCCAGAUGUGCGUGCUAGUCGAGACCAUAGUGUCCGGCAGUCCGGCGGCGAUCGCCGAGAUGAGGAGGGGCGACAUUUUGGUGGCGGUGGACGGCAAAAAGGUGUCGAGCAUGAAUCAAGUGGCCAAGUUCGUCAAGUCCGCUGUACAACGACGUUUCAUUAUCAGGGUGGAGAGGCGGUACUCGAAGGCGGAUUCGAGCGAGAGGGGGCAGAAAGCGGACAACGAGAGAACGCCCUUCGCCGAGAGGAAGGCGUCGAAGAGCGACUCCGUGGGCAGGCUGGACAGCCCGAGUGUGGAAGACGCCGGGAAGAUGAAGUUCGAGGCGCAGAUCAAGUUCUCCGAUCUGCGAGAUUCCGACACUGAUCUCGCGGACUCCCGGUUGGAAACCGGUAAGCUGUUCAAGAGAAGAAAGAGCAGCAUCCAGACGGAGGAGGUCGCCCAGACGCCCGACACUACGCCGUCUCGACGAAUCUCGUUGGUCUCCACGUCGUCGGCGUCAUCCAGCAAUGUUCAAUUUUAUCUUCCGGACGACUGUAGCACGACCAACAUCGCCGAUCUGUACCACAACACGAAGGAGAGACCGUACGCCUCUCUGCUCACCUUCGAGGAGACCAAGAGCUUCCGCAUCGAUUCCGAAUUGCAAUACUUAAACGUGGGCGUGUGGGGCCGCGUGAAGGGCGGCGAAACUCCACCGAAACUGCUAGGCUACAUAAACGCGCCUGUGAAAUUAAUCCUGGCGCAAUGCUGCACCUCCACGACCGGGCAUUACCUAAAAUGUCACGCUUUAUUGCCCCCGGAAAGUGCUUCUUUAGCGACGUCCUACGUAAGACUGCAGGGUUACUCGGGAUUCGAUCCGACGCUCUGUUACGGCGACAUUCUGCUAUCGUACAUAUGGGAAUCGUGUCGACCGAGCGAACAUGCGAACAAUGAUUUCGGGAAGAAGGAGAACGCAGAAACUGCCAAAAUUCAACCGAUUCCAAGCGAGGAGAUUGCUGACAGGAAGAUACACGAUUUUAUCAGGACACACUUCCACAGAGCGACGCACUGUGACUUUUGCACGAAAAAGAUUUGGUUAAAGGACGCGGUACAGUGUCGAGAUUGCGGUAUGGUGUGCCACAAGAAGUGCGAGGUGCGUUGCCAGGCGUCCGGCACCUGCGGCGCGGAGAGCCUAGCAGCCCUGGCAUUGGAGGCCGAUGAGAUCGAGCCAAACGUCGGGGAUAUCUCUAGCCCGGAGAUCUCUCUGACAGGAUGCGAAGAUAACGUACAGGGCGCAAGUAUGAUGGCCGUGAAGGCUAGUAUAGCUAACACUCUGUUGGGCCUGAAGAAGGCUGGAAGUACCAGUUGCCUGGCCCCACCGGCUUCCGGUAUUGGUCUGGCAUCUCGAAGUCUCCCCCCAAGUCCCUGUGCAUCCCGCAAGAGUUCAUUGGCUGGAGGUCUGGGAAUAAAUCCUGACCUCUUGGAGGGUGCUGAGCCAAGUGUUGCAGCUCCACUUAUGGCCGGUGACUUGGACGACGGGCUUAUGUCAAGGGCCAGGGACACCGGUAAAUUCUUGUACAAGUACCUGGAGCCGCAGGAGCGCGUCGAGAAGAUCAACGCCAUGAUGGGAAAAUUGAAGAACGCGCUAGACGCCGAAACUACCUCAAGAUUGGGGCUGUCCCAGAACGGGGACGCGGACAGCAUGAAACUGAUCGCGCAGAGCGACCUGCGAGUACAAGCGCUAAGCGUGCUGCUUUUGCACUACUGCGCCGGCUUGCAACACGCGCAGGAGGCGGUGGACCGACCACAAGCCAGCAAGGAAUCUUAACAGGAGCGGAUACAAUAAACGAGGCAGCUUUAAGAGAAAAUUGUCCCCCCAUCAUUUCUCUCUUUCUCUUUCUAUAACAAUGAAUGUGGAAAAUGUAGCGAUAUUUGAUAAUGGAAUAAUAAUGGUUUGCUUUUGCCAUUUAUUUCGUCAUGAGCAACGACUGGAUAAUAUUAACGCGACGUUACAUCAAUUUUACGCUGUUGAUAUUGCCGUUUUUUAAUAUUGACUUAAUUAUAAUAUUAAUGGAUUAAUUAUAAUGUUAAAAUUGUAAUGUUACACCAGGUUGUAUAAAAUGCACAGAAAUAUUUAUAUUACUAUGCACAGAUAAAUAGGGAGCAAAUAUCUAACAGUAUUUUUAAACAUUCCAUCGGUGCAGAUAUCAGAAUUACAAUUAUAUGUAUCACUUUUUCUCGUUUCUACUAUUUACUGUAAUAAUAUUUUAGAAAGCGUUAUUUAUGUAGCAUUAUUAUAACGUUACGUAACGAUACAUUUUCCAAAAUUUAGCGUUAAUGUAACGUUAUAAACAUUAUAUCAUAAUAUUACAAAGAGAAAAAAUGUGUGUAUGUUUGAGCGCGUGUAUGUGUGUGCGUAUGUUUAUUUUUGAAUACAUAUUAUGCCAUAGCUGUUCCAAAGCCUAUUCUACAUUAGUCAAUUGAUUAAACUUUAAUACUAUUCACACGAGUGACGGUAGGAAGAGAUGAUGAAAUAUAGUAUUUAAUUUAUUAGUCAAAAUUUUUUCGUAAUCGCAAAUCUUUAAUGGCAAAUAUUUUAUUAAUUAUAUUAUUUUCUCGAAAUCGUUUUUGAAGAGGCUUUGUAUUAUUUUCCAUAUCUCAUUUAAUUUACGGAAUUUAAUUUUAACAAUUGCAAACGAAUACGUAAUUUUUCGCAUUGUAUAGAAUUAAUCGAAACUCUGAAUAUGUAUUACGCAUGUAAAUAAUACUACGUAAAUUACGCACGCAAAUGAUUUCGUGUAUCUAAGGGCUUCUGAUAAUUUUGUCGAUUUGCGUGUUAUAAUUUGCAUUACAUACGUAGCCGGAUAAUACUCAGAGACGGGAUAUCGUUCACUAAGAGAGAACACCAAACUCGUUAAAAUUAGUAUUAAUAGAUCGUUAUAAUAAUAAUUGCAAUGUACGUAGAAAGAUGCGUGUGUAUUCACACAACAAGGGAAUGGCUGCGUUCGGCAGAAAAAGCUGCUUUGCAACUGUUGUAAAAUUCAUAGAUCUGAUUGGCAUAUUCUCUUAAAUUUAUUCAAGAUUAAGAGAAUACGCCAAUCAGAUUCACGAAUGUUACAGCAGUUGCAAAGCAGCUUUUUCUGCUGAACGCAGCCAAUGCUUUUGUUUGACAAACGAUAUGCGUUAUCUAAAAAUAAAAGCUUUCCGUAAAACAGCGCGAUUCUCCAAACGCCUAAUAAAUACAUUUUGUCUGGUAACAAUUUUGUGCGAUAUUAAAUUCGCGAAUGUAACGUGUGAUGGAGCAUAUGUUAUAACGUGCGAAUUUAUAAGACUAUUUAUAGAUUGAGAUAACGAUCUUUCGCGAUCGUAGGUGAUGAUCUGUACUGGAUAGUUGUUGAACACGGUGCACGGGGGUUGUGCAUUGCGCCAAAAUACGUGUGAUAAAAAGGCUAUCUUGCACGGUUCUAAUAACAUUUUCAGAUCUCACGUCUCUUUUGACAAAACAAUUUAAACCAAUUUGCGAUUAUAACGCAUCAUUAAAACAAUGUUUGACAGAAGUGAUUUUAAUAUCUGCAUAUACUGCUUUCUAUGUCUCUAUUAAAUUACAUUCCUACUCUUUAUUUAUUAUAUAAUUCACUUUUGGAUUAUAAUCGUACAAAGGAAAUGAAAACAGAUGCCAUGACUCGACAGCUUUUCAGUGUCUUAAGAAUCGCAGAUGGUGCCAAAUAACUUAAACCUCAACACAGAACAUAUCUAUGAAGUGGAACAACUAUACCGAACGGUAUUAAACUGUAUAUUCGCGCAUUAAAGGCGAAGAGAGUGUACGUUUACGAUACUGAGAGAGCUAGGAGUGAAAGAGUUGGCGUUAUGUUUAGCAUUAGAUAUGAUUCUGCGAUUCCGAUCUCUACUUAUGUAAAAAAAAAAGAUGCAUUCGGCCUGAUGGCAAUUGGAUGGUCACGUGUAACGCUAAAUGCGCUGAACGAAAUACAGAUCUUUGACUGUUGAAUCUAUAAUCAAAGAACUUUACCGCUUUGGCCUAAAUCGAUGAUAUUGAUAUGACGACCGGCGAAGAAACUGAUGCAAAUUUUGACUGUAUUUAACUUAAUUGUUCACAGUGCAUUUAUAGACGUACGAGAGGCAGCUUCGUAUUAGCGAAAUCCAUCCAUAAGCAUUUUUGUGUGGCCGUAAUUUAAGGUGUUGCGCGUCUCGCGAUUACAAACCGAUAUGUAUUAUCGCUCAUUGUUAUUAUAUAUAAAGUGGACAUAAAGGUGGAAUAUAGAUUGUUAUAAUCGUCGUAAA